GAAGGCCGACCACGUUGGCAGCCCAACUGCUCCACCAGCUGUGGCCGCGUCGUGGCUGCUACAGAGGUGACAAACACGACAAGGGCGUGGCGUUGCCAACCCAGAUUUGUGCAGUGAUCAUGGGACGGUGGUGUUGGUUGCUCAAGGGGUUGUCGAUCGCGGCAACGGCCGUGGCCGCCAAGGAUUGCCAGGACAUGGAAUCCACGCGGAGCAUCGACCUGGGAACGUCGGGACUGUAUGCGGUGCACAGUCGUGUAGAACAGGAUGGGUCCCUGCUCUGCCUCAAGGCGACAUUCACCGGCACCAACACAACGUGGCUCGCCCUCGGCAUCGCACGUGGGAACCAAAUGGUCUCGACGGUACCGGCCAACGUGAUUGUGUUUGAUGCGGCCAAGAUGACCGCCAAAACGUACGUCGUGAAUGGAAAGGGACUGGCCAAGGUUGUCUUGCAAGAAGAUCAAUCGUCGUUCACCGUGAUAAACAUGACGUCGGAGUCCUCGUUCAUGUCGUUCACGGUGUCGCGCCCGAUCGCUGCGAACGAAUCGCAGCCGAACGAGGUGGACAUUCAGUUGGAAGAGCCGACGAACCUCAUCUGGGCGUACGGGUACAAGUGGCCCGGCAAGCACUCGACCAGAGGAGCUGUUCUGCUCGCGUUCUCAUCUGCGCGAGACACCGUGAAUGCGGGCACGACAGAGACCCCUCUGUUUAUUCUCGGCACGAUCGUUGCAAUGCUGCUGACUGCAUCGCUGGCGCUGCGCUAUUCCUUCAAACGCCUCGACCACAAACUCGUGCCUCCGCCGCGGUACUCGUCGUCCUGCUUUAUGGUGCAGCGCACGAUGAGCGACCUGUCCGUCGGCGAGUACAUCCUGAUCGUGUUGUACGCCACGGGCUUCCUCCUCGUCCUGUUCAUGCUGCCGUUCUACGACGUCGACGCCGUCGCGUUGGAGCGUCGAAUGGCGCUCGCCGCCGGCCAUCUCGCUUUGUACCAUCUCUCGUUCCUCAUCGUGCCCGUGUCCCACGUUGGGUGGUGGCUCAAUUUGGCUCAGUCGCGCCUCCUCAAGUUCCACAAGGCGAUGAGUGGCCUCUUCCUCGCCACGGUACUCCUCCAUUUGUCUGUCAACAUCCAAGCGUACGGGCUGUCCGUCAUGUGGGUGUCCAUUCCGUUCGGCAGCCAGAACGUGUUCCCGCUGUACGGGUUCGCCGCGUUCGUUUGCUUCAUCUGCAUGGGCGUCGCCGCGAUGCCCAUGGUUCGCCUUAACUUGUACGAAGUGUUCCUGACCGCCCACCGAAGCCUCUUUGUUGCCGGGAUCGUCUUGGUUUUUCUUCACAGCCGGACGGCCCGCCUCGCCCUCGUUUGUCCGUUGGGGAUCUAUGCCGCGGGCGGCAUUUUUGUCCGCCUCCCGCCGCUGUUUCAAACGUACACGGUCCGGACAACGAUCACGACAUCGCACACUGUGCUGCUCACGUUGCCGCUGACCAAGGCAACCCAGCGAUGGGUGACCGCCUUUCGGCUGUGCUCGCACGCAUACCUCAACGUCCCAGCCAUUUCCGCCAUGGAGUGGCACCCGUUCACGAUCAUGAUCACACCGACCCACGACGGCGUCGCGUUUUGUAUCAAGGCGGUCAAACCGCACAGUUUUACGCACAAAGUGCACCUCCUCGCGCAAAUCCAAGACUGUCUCCAAGUCAAGCUGGCGGGGCCGUACGGACAGCCCACCGUCGACCUAACGCAGUACCAACAAGUUGUGCUGAUGGGCGGCGGGAUCGGGGUCACGCCGCUCUUGGGCGCAAUCAACUAUUUGGACAGCCACGUCCGUGUAAAGAUCCACUUGUGUUGGGUGGUGCGUCACCCCGACGAGCUCCUGUGCUGCCAGACCAUGAUGUUUCCACUGCCGCACUUUGUCACGUCCGAGUUUUACGUGAGUUUGGCCAUCUCGGAAGGGCACAUACAAACGGACAAUGGCGAGGUCGUGUCGUUCCAGCCUGGCCGUCCCAACGCGGACACUGUCCUGCGGAGGUUCCAAAACAUUCCGGACACGUGCGUCGUGGCUUGCGGUCCCGAAGGCUUGAUUGUGGACACGCAGCGCGAAGCGUAUGACCGCGGGUUUGACUUCCAGAAGGUCGUGUUUGCGUUUUAAGAGUUUGGUGGAGUUCAUGCCGCGUUGGCUGCGAGUUGCAUGACCCCAUCGCUUUUGUGCCGUCCUGUGGCAAGACACGGCGCGGACGCCCCCUCGAGCGGUCGCGCCAUCGUCGUCGCAGCUGGCCAAUUUUCCUGCGCGCUGAGACACCGUCUCGUCCGCGACACGCGUAUGAGCCGUUCGAGAUGUAGAGACAUGUUCUUGAAGCCAGGGAGUCCUUGAUGUAAACAGAUCGGAAUUCCCUGCAGAUGUCAAAAUGACAUGGAAAACACGACGACUCCUUGCAUGUCCCAACGAUGGCAUUCAUGAUCUGGUCCAAGAAGCGCGAUGCAACGAGCCCGCUUGCGGACUUGGGCUUUGCGAAGACAACGACGUCAAGCAUGCCGUGAAGCCACAGCGGCAGUGCAUGCGCUCCUUCUCUAGGUCCAUGUUUGAGGUCGGACAGGGUUGGAUUUCCAGUUGAG